GGGACCUUGCUCGCCGCUCUCCACCCGCGAACCGUCGCCAACGAACGCAUCUGCACAACCAACAUGAGCUGACCCGAGAUGGCGCCAUGGGCUCGUCUUUUCUGGACGCUAUACCUAAGUGUUGAGGACCGAAUCGUCCACUUCAUUCUGCGAAGUCCAUCAUUCCAUCGCGGAGUGCGUCGGAUCCACCGCACCGUCGAGAACCUCCGCUAUGGCCGCGAUCCAAACGAGCCGCUGAGACAGGGCGAGGCAACAGCCGAACCAAGCAGGUCGCAGAGUUUUCUGAAGCAUUUCAUCGAAGAGCUCCGGAACCAGGCCCGCGGCAAACCGACCGAUCUUCCGCCGAACCCGCCGAAGGAUUGACAGGGCAACUGCGCCGGGUCGUUCCACACACUCAAGUGAUACCAGGUGCUCUUGCCCGUGGCUACCGUUGACCAUGAGCGCGGCACUCGGCGCUGUGGCGCAGGUGUUGCCUAGGGGGUUUGGAGACUCGAGUGUAAUUUAGGCUGAUGUCGAGGGACAUCUCGCUCUCGUCCUUGGCAAGAUGUUGCCCGAGUCGCGAUAGCGGCCGUGGCCAUGAGUUAGAAUCUCCGGAUAGGCCCUUUUUGGCCGGCCCUGACAGAUGGGGUGCACUACCUGUGCCCGGAGAUCCAGGCCUGACCUACGGCAAGUCCGGCCGCACCCGUCGCUGAUAAAGCGAGACCGGCCGGGCAGGGAAUGCUGCGUGGGUUUCUGAUGUACUUAGUGGCUGACUCCCUUGGAAUUGAAUUCCCUCAACUCAACUGCAUGCUA